AAGUUCCAGGCUCCCUCGUUUUCAUUGAACCCUCCCGCGGCACAGUGAAGAAUCUUGCAAGAAGCGCAUAAGAACGUUAUCGGCCCUGCAUAAAAAUUUUCCCCACAUUUCGAGAUCCUGUCCACGACCUGUGAAGAUCCUUCACUCUCGGGUCUCUUUAGGUUUCGAACAAAUCUAAAAACUCUUUAGAUUUCGAACAAAUCUGUAAAAGCACUCCUGUUAAUAUUUUCAUCCUCGUACGUUUGCGUCACACACGCGUUGUUUGUUUUCAUCUGAACCACGACACGGAUUUUUGAAGUCAAAGUGUUUGCUGAAGAAUUCCUCGUAGCUUGUUCUCGUGUCUGAUUUUGAAAAAAAAGUUGCUAGUAUCCUCCUGAAAGAAAUCUAAAUCACGACAACAUGUCCGACUCGAAGGUGCGUGAUGAGGAUUAUGGCGAUGAAGUAGAGGUAGAUCCAACUUCUUUGUACAGGAGUGAAUUGUAUUUUUCGUCCAAUGACAAAGACAGAGAAUGGAGAGCGAUGAACGCGGUUUAGAAGGUGAUUAUCUACAUCAACUUUAUCUCUGCAGUAGUAGUUCUUGGAAGUAGAUGCACCUCCGAUCUAGUACGGUCAGCGCGGCGAAUGGCAUCUAAAUUUGUGAAUACCAUCAAACGAAGCG